AUUUGCACUCUAUGAAUUUGUUACAAAUCGGUUCGGUGUGACAAUAAUAAAGACAACAAGACUGGCGUUUUGCCUUAAAAUCCAAUUCUGUCAUACGUUCUUGCAAUUAACGUUGCUUUUCUGUGUUUCUUUUCUUGUUAAAACUUCCAAAGACUCCACCUUUUUUGCUUUUUCUUCAACACCCACCAUUUUUUUCCUUGAAAUUCUGCUUUAUCUUUGACACCCACAUCUUAUUUUUGUCAAUUUCGAUGUGGGGUUUUCUUGAUUGGUGAAAAAGAUUGGAACUUGGGUGCUUUUUUUGGGUGAAGUGAUGGGUGGAAGGAAAAUUUUGAAGUCUUUACAAGCAGUGGUAGCUCAUGGAUUGCUGUUUUGUUUCACUCUGCUUCUUGUUCUCAAGCUUGAUCGAGCCCUUCAUUAUUCUUGGUGGGUUGUUUUCGUUCCACUUUGGUUGUUUCAUGUGGUUGUAGCAAGGGGUAGAUUCUCAUUACCUGCUCCAUCAAUGCCUCAUGAUCGACAUUGGGCACCAUUUCAUGCUGUCAUGGCGACACCGCUGCUUGUUGCUUUUGAACUACUUCUUUGUAUUCAUCUCGACAGCACCUAUGCUGUAAGUUUGAAGAUUGUGUUCUUUCCCCUGCUUGCACUUGAAAUUGCUAUCUUGGUUGAUAAUGUUAGAAUGUGCAGGGCGCUGAUGCCUGGAGAUGAAGAAAGCAUGAGUGAUGAGGCUAUAUGGGAGACCCUUCCUCACUUCUGGGUUGCAAUCGCUAUGGUCUUCUUCAUAGCAGCUACAACAUUUACUCUUUUGAAGAUUUGUGGAGAUGUUGCUGCUCUUGGGUGGUGGGAUUUAUUCAUUAACUACGGUGUCGCAGAAUGCUUUGCCUUUCUUAUCUGCACGAAAUGGUACAACCCUGCAAUCCACAGACAGUCAAGUCUACGUACGCCCAGCUCUUCUAUAACAAGCAUGCGAUCUCUUAACUGGAACAGUGGAUUUCUUGCAUCUGUGGAUGAAGAUGAUCAGCAUAGUGGAAUAUGCAGUUUGCAGGAUAUUGGUGGUCAUGUGAUGAAAAUUCCUCUUGUUUGUUUCCAGAUAUUGCUUUUUAUGCGCUUAGCGGGGACCCCACCAAGUGCUAGAUUUAUCCCAAUUCCUGUUCUGUUUAUUCCUCUUUUCCUACUUCAAGGAGCUGGUCUUUUAUUCUCUGUUUAUAGACUUGUGGAGACAAUUAUUCUUCUGGUUGAUGGUGAAGGUGGUGUUAGAAGCUAUUUUAGGAUGUCUUCUGUUAUUCGUGAUUCUUUCAGUUGCAUGCAUCACGGGUCAAGGUUGUUAGGUUGGUGGUCAAUUGAUGAAGAAAGCCGAGAGGAACAAGCUCGUCUAUAUUAUCCAGGGACAUCUGGGUACAAUACUUUCUCACCUGAUACCGUAAAGCAAAUGCCUAGAGCGAAGCUUGCUGAAGAGAUAUGGAGACUACAAGCAGCACUUUGUGAGCAAUCAGAUAUCACACAAUCAAAACAGGAAAAGUUCGAAAGACUUCAAAAUGAAAAAAUUCUAUGUAGAAUUUGCUUCGAGGAACAUAUAAAUAUUCUCCUCCUUCCUUGUAGGCAUCACAUCCUCUGCAGUACCUGUUGUGACAAGUGCAAGAGGUGUCCCAUCUGCCGUAUGUUUAUAGAAGAACGUUUACUUGUAAAUGAUGUGUAGUUACUAUCGACAAAGAAGCUUAGUUUCCCCCGAGCUUUUUCUUUGAUCAGACGAACAUGUUAGAUGGUGAAUGAGGUUUUAUUGAGUCAUGUCACCACAAGUACAUUGUUUUAUCUGAUUUCAUGUGUAUUCGUCUGAAUCGAGUUGUGUCUGUCUUGUGAACUGUCUAUAUUAUCCACAAGAUUAUUGUAAUUCUGGCAAUAGAUUAAAGCAAUUGUUAUAUCA